UUGAUUUUUUUCUCUCGUGAUUUUUGUGGUUCACUGCUAAUUGUGAACCGAGAAUGGUGAAAUCAGCAGCUUGUUCUUCUUCUCCGGUGACUAUAACGGUGACACCAUGUAAAGGAUCUGGAGAUAGAAGCUUAGGAUUGACGAGUCCUAUCCCACGCGCCUCUGUUAUCAACAAUCAAAACUCUCCUCUAAGCUCAAGAGCCACGCGUCGUACUUCCAUUAGCGGCGGAAAUCGGAGAUCUAGUGGUGGUGAAGGAAGAUACUGUUCUAUGUCUGUGGAAGAUCUAACGGCGGAGACGACUAAUUCCGAGUGCGUUUUGAGCUAUACUGUUCAUAUUCCACCUACGCCGGAUCAUCAAACGGUGUUCGCUUCACAGGAGAGUGGUAUGGGUGAAGAAGAUGAGAUGCUAAAAGGGAAUUCAAAUAACAAAAGUUUCCUCUCUGGGACGAUUUUCACCGGUGGGUUUAAAUCGGUGACUCGUGGUCAUGUAAUUGAUUGCUCUAUGGAUCGAGCUGAUCCGGAGAAGAAAUCAGGUCAGAUCUGUUGGUUAAAAGGUUGUGAUGAGAAAGUUGUUCAUGGGAGAUGUGAGUGUGGUUUCAAAAUCUGUAGAGAUUGUUACUUUGAUUGUAUCACAAGUGGUGGAGGUAAUUGUCCUGGUUGCAAAGAGCCUUACAGGGAUGUAAACGAUGAUCCAGAAACCGAGGAAGAAGACGAAGAAGAUGAGGCGAAACCGCUUCCUCAGAUGGGUGAAUCAAAGCUUGACAAGAGGCUUUCGGUUGUGAAGUCGUUUAAAGCGCAGAAUCAAGCUGGUGACUUUGAUCACACUCGGUGGUUGUUUGAGACUAAAGGUACUUAUGGGUAUGGGAACGCUGUUUGGCCUAAAGAUGGGUAUGGAAUCGGGUCGGGUGGUGGUGGUAACGGGUAUGAAACGCCACCGGAGUUUGGGGAGAGAAGCAAGAGACCUCUUACUAGGAAAGUCAGUGUCUCUGCUGCAAUUAUCAGUCCUUACAGAUUACUCAUUGCACUGCGUCUGGUGGCUCUUGGUCUGUUCCUGACAUGGAGGGUUCGCCACCCAAAUCGAGAAGCAAUGUGGUUGUGGGGAAUGUCAACGACCUGUGAGCUUUGGUUUGCCUUGUCUUGGCUUUUGGAUCAGCUUCCAAAACUCUGUCCGGUUAACAGAUUAACUGAUUUAGGUGUUCUUAAAGAACGCUUUGAAUCUCCUAACCUCAGGAACCCCAAAGGAAGAUCUGAUCUUCCGGGUAUAGAUGUGUUUGUCUCAACUGCAGACCCUGAGAAAGAACCGCCUCUGGUCACAGCCAACACCAUUCUUUCGAUCCUAGCUGUUGAUUACCCUGUGGAGAAACUUGCUUGCUACUUAUCAGACGAUGGAGGAGCUUUGCUAACAUUCGAAGCCUUGGCUCAAACAGCUAGCUUUGCAAGUACAUGGGUGCCAUUCUGCAGGAAACACAAUAUAGAGCCAAGGAACCCUGAGGCCUACUUUGGACAGAAGCGUAACUUUCUCAAGAACAAAGUGAGGCUGGAUUUUGUGAGGGAAAGGAGGAGAGUGAAGAGAGAGUAUGAUGAGUUUAAGGUCAGAAUCAACUCAUUGCCUGAGGCGAUAAGGAGAAGGUCUGAUGCUUAUAACGUGCACGAAGAGCUAAGGGCUAAGAAGAAACAGAUGGAAUUGAUGAUGGGAAACAAUCCUCAAGAAACUGUUAAAGUUCCAAAGGCCACUUGGAUGUCAGAUGGUUCUCACUGGCCAGGGACUUGGUCCUCUGGAGAAUCCGAUAAUUCCCGAGGAGAUCAUGCUGGAAUCAUUCAGGCAAUGUUGGCUCCUCCAAAUGCAGAACCAGUUUAUGGAGCAGAAGCAGAUGCUGAGAACUUAAUUGAUACAACAGACGCAUGAAAGUUCUUCUUUCUAGGCUUCAUGUUUGUAAUCAGAUAUUAUAAUUACGAUUUUUCAAAGUAAAGUCUCAAUUUCUUA